GUUACUAGACAUAUUAACUAUAAAACAUUUGCAACACAUCCAUCGCGUCUUCUCAGUCGGUGACGAAGUGUGUGGCUUUGUUUUUCGUCUUGAGAUGUUGUGUUGAUGGUGGACAGAGAGAAAAGAUUUGUUGCUGUGAUGAGUGUUAUCGGUAGGCAACAAGGUUUAAUUACAGCAGACUAUAUAAAUCAGACCACACAGUAAAUGUGAUGAUAUAAAAUAAAGCUCUCCGCCAUCAGACAGAGAGGAGAGGUGGUUUUCUUUUGCCACUCUGGCGACCAAGAAUUUAACCAUGACACUGUUAUUUGAAGGAUAUGUGGCUGUUAUUUUUAACCAGUACCAAGUGCAACUUGUUGAAGAAUCAGACGUAUAACUCAGUGAUCAUUAAAGAGAGAUUUACUUCUGAAAAAUGGAAUUGUUGCCAGAUUCUGAAGCUGAGCCAUACUACUGUGGAGUAUGUGGCAAAGAAUUUCUUGUUCAUGCAUUAUUGGAGAAACACUUGAAAACCCAUACAGUAGAGAGACGUUUCUCUUGUGACAUCUGCGGGAAAGACUUCUUGAAAAACUCUCACCUGACAAGACACAUAAGAACACACACGGGAGAGAAGCCUUUCCACUGUGACAUCUGCGGCAAGGAUUUCUCCGAGAAUUACACCUUAAAAAACCACAUAAAAACGCAUACUGGAGAGAAACCUUUUCAUUGUGAUAUAUGUGAUAAGGAUUUUACUGAAAGAUCCACAUUGAAAAAACACCUGAGGAUCCACACCGGAGAAAAGCCUUACCAUUGCACGUUGUGUGGGGAUAGCUUUACAGACCAUUCUACUUUAAGAUGUCACUUGAAGAAACACACAAGAGAAGAAAAAUCAUUCCAGUGCGAGACCUGUAGCAAGAAUUUCACUACUAAAGCCGCUUUGAAAGGCCACAUUCGAAUACAUAAGAAGGAGAAAACGUUUCCUUGCAAGGAAUGUGGGAAAGAAUUCUCACUUAGCCUCCAAUUAAAGGCACACAUGAAAACACACGCCAAACCUGAGCCACAGUUGAAAUCGAAUAUUUUACGCUGUAAGAUAUGCGGGGACAACUUUCUGGACAAUGUUGCUUUAACAAGUCAUCUAAGAAUACAUAGAGACUAAUUUGUGUUUUUAUUUGGGCUGAAAGAUGGUAUAAAUUUUUUUUUUAAAUUAAUAUUUUCUUUUGUAUUUCAACUCAAUAAUAAUGAUGAUAAUAAUAAUAAUAUUUCAAAGAAAA